AUGAUGAUGUCUCUGGGCUCCAAGGUGGCUGUCCGCCCGCUGUUCCGCUCCGCGAUGCGGCCGCGGGCGGCGCGGUCGAUGGCGGCGCGCGUGCAGGCGAUCGCGGUCGGGGACAAGAUGCCGGACGCGAGCUUCGCGUACUUCGACGCCAACGGCGACAUGCAGUCCGUCUCCACCUCGGAGCUCUUCGGCGGCAAGAAGGUCGUGCUGUUCGCGGUGCCGGGCGCCUUCACGCCCACGUGCUCGAUGCAGCACCUCCCGGGCUUCAUCAACUCGGCCGACGACCUGAAGGCCAAGGGCGUGGACACGAUCGCGUGCGUGUCCGUGAACGACCCGUUCGUGAUGCGCGCGUGGGGCAAGGAGGUGGGCGCCGGCGACAAGGUCAUGAUGCUCGCCGACGGCUCCGGCCUCUUCGCCAAGGCGAUCGGGUGCGAGCUGGACCUGACCGACAAGGGCCUGGGCAUGCGGUCGUGCCGCUACGCGAUGCUGGUUGACGACGGCACCGUCAAGGUCGCCAACGUCGAGGACGGCGGCGCGUUCACCAUCUCCGGCGCCGAGAAGAUCAUGGAGGCGCUCUGA